AAUAGUAAACCUGAUUUGGGAUCUUGGAAAAUAUCUUAAAAGUGACAGCCAAAAGAAUUUUGAGACAACAUUAGGCAGAGAAAAGAAAGGGGAAGUUUCUGCUGUUGUGAACCAUUAUUCUAAUUGGAGUUAUUUUUACUUUCAAUCUUAACUUGGCACAAUUAAAUAACUUCGCAAACUACUGGCAAUAGCACUUUGUUCUGCAGUGUUCAGUCAGAAUCCAGAGCUGGGGAUAGAUGUAUAUUCUUUCUAUCCUUUUACAGAAACUAUUCACUGGUUGGAAUCUGUGUGAGUUGCCUGAUUCUGUGAAGAAGAAUCUCGUGGCUGUCAAGAUGAAGAGUCUACUUUUUCUGGUGCUGAUUUCUCUCUCCUGGGCUGAUCAUCUUACUGACAACUACACUCUGGAGCAUGACAGAAUUAUCCACAUCCAAGCAGAAAAUGGCCCCCGUCUACUUGUGGAAGCAGAGCAGACAAAAGUCGUCUCACACCGAGGUGGCAAUGUCACACUGCCAUGUAAAUUUUACCGCGACCCCUCAACAAUUGGCUCAGGAACCCACAAAAUCCGAGUCAAGUGGACCAAGCUCACUUCAGAUUACCUCAAGGAAAUAGAUGUUUUUGUUUCUAUGGGAUACCACAAGAAAACGUAUGGCAACUACCAGGGGAGAGUAUUUCUAAAUAGAGGUAGCGACAAUGAUGCCUCCCUUGUAAUCACUGAUAUCACCCUGGAGGACUAUGGGAGAUACAAAUGUGAGGUGAUUGAAGGACUAGAAGACGAUACAGCAGUAGUAGCUUUGGAUCUACAAGGUGUGGUCUUUCCUUAUUUUCCACGACUGGGACGCUACAAUCUCAAUUUCCAUGAGGCUCGACAGGCUUGCCUGGACCAGGACUCUGUGAUUGCCUCUUUCGACCAACUUUAUGAUGCUUGGAGGGGAGGGCUAGACUGGUGUAAUGCUGGCUGGCUCAGUGAUGGAUCUGUGCAGUAUCCCAUCACUAAACCUAGAGAACCUUGUGGAGGGAGAAACACAGUGCCCGGUGUCAGGAAUUAUGGAUUUUGGGAUAAGGAUAAAAGCAGAUAUGAUGUAUUCUGUUUUACAUCCAACUUCAAUGGUCGCUUUUACUACCUAAUCCAUCCAACCAAGCUGACCUACGAUGAGGCAGUCCAGGCUUGUCUCAACGAUGGUGCUCAGAUAGCUAAAGUGGGCCAGAUGUUUGCUGCCUGGAAACUCCUGGGUUAUGACCGAUGCGAUGCAGGCUGGCUGGCAGACGGGAGCGUUCGUUACCCCAUCUCCCGGCCGAGGAGACGCUGCAGUCCUACCGAAGCAGCUGUGCGCUUUGCGGGCUUCCCAGAUAAAAAGCACAAGCUGUAUGGUGUCUACUGCUUCAGAGCGUACAACUGAGUGUACCCUAGAGCACUACCAUUUUAAAGUCAUUCAGAACAUGUGAAAGAUUUCUUUUCAAUAUGAACUCAUGCAAUUUACCAAAACUGUGAUAACCCUUUUUUACUUACUGUAAAGAGUCAUUUUCAUAAAAAAAAGUCCAAUACAUUAAUUUGUUUUUGUAAAACUAUCAUUCAAUAUAUAUUAUAAAUUAAUAUAAUUUUAAUGGAAGCUCUAUAUAAAGCUUUAGAGCCAAACUGUUUAAGCUACAUCAUCCCAACCAAAUAUGCUUUCAGGAAUGGGGCAUGCAAUAGCUUGAGGAUUGCUAGGACUAACUAAAUUAAGGAAUUGUAAAGGCUACUCGAAGCAGCAGCUUACACAAGCACAAAUUUUCCACCUUUGUACAAUUUUGAAAUGCACUACAAGAAACCAAUCAGAUCUGCAGAUGUGAGGCCCAGUCAUCUUUUCAUACCGGGGCCUCUAUGAGGUUGCAAAACAAAACAAUUUCACAAGGGAACAAAUAGACACUUUUCUAAAAGUCAGUAUUUAGAACACUAACAGACAAGUUUUAUUUUACUAUUUUAAAUAUCACCUUUCUGAUGGAGAACAUUGCAUAAAAAUGAGCACAGUUAGUUCCCUUCAAUAAUUUUCUAUCAUGAGAGAAAUGUUGAAGAGCAGAUGACAGUCAAUGAAUGAGCCUUCUUUUCUUCAAACUCAAAUUAAGAAUGCCUGAGAGGACUUCUAUUACUUUUUUGAGUAGCUUUACUGGGUUAUAUUUAAACUCCAAGGGCCGUUUGCAGAGAAGCAGUUACUGUCAUAUCUACUCAGGGCAGUUACAUAAAUGAACUGCUGGACAGAAAAAAAAAUUAAAAUUUAGCAGCUCAAUUUUAUAUUAACCUAUGAAAUGUUAUAGUGUUUAAAAAAUUACUAAACUAUUUAAUGUUUCUUCCUAUUUACAUUUCAUAAGGGAAAAUAUUUAAAAGUUUUAAGGGGGAAAAAGCUGCUAACACUUAUACUUCAAAAUAACUAAGCUUGCCCAAGUUCCCAAGGAACUUCCUUUUAAUGGAGGUAACUAAAAUCUUAUUUGGCAUCCAUGGUGGUUUUUUUUUUAAUAGGAAAAAGUACAAUUAUAAACUCUCCAAAUUGAAAAUAUGGUUAAUUAUGUCACUUCCCUUAGUUAAUUAAUCAUCAUCAAGCUUAAUGAAAUACUGAAGUGAAAUUAAUCACAGUUUCAAGAAAUCUUCAGGGCUUUAAAAGAGAUGUUAGCUCUGGGUUGGAAAAAAGAUGUUUAUAUAUUCACAGUUUCAAUCAAAACAGAACCCAGAAUUCUGUCCCUUCUCCCUUUUCCUUUAUUUUAUUUUUUGAAGAGCAUUGAGAACCCACAGGGACCAAUAUUUGUACUUAAGUUAUCUUUCCAUUUCCCAUUGUUUCCAUAACUAGUUCUGAUAAAUGGGAUUUAUUUAAUAGUGUGAUCCAAGUAUGCCACAGCUGGUAUGUUUUCAUGAAUGUUCUCAUGUAGAUUCUUUCCCAUGGCCAUGAGUAAAUAAACCUAUUUCCUGAA